GCCUUUGAUGCGUUUGAGAGUGGCGAUGGGAGUGGGGCGUGGUGCCUACGGAAGACGUACGGUCUAGAAACGGAAGCCGAGGCCAUUAUCACAAUGGCAAAAGUGUCAUCGCUCGCGUCUGUGUUGAUGGUAGACAACCCGAACCGCAUGGCGGUUCUGUUUUACGAGGAGCACGGCGUUUUUUGCCCUAACAAGGAGCUCAUUGAAAAGGUAUUUGGGCGGAAUGAUGUUGCAAUUGUGAUGGGACUAGGAAUGGUGAUUCACCUGUGGUACACAAAUAAUGUCAUUGCGUGGAGAGCCAUCCGGAGGGAGCAAAAAGGUAGCUCGGGUUUCUGCAUCAAUGAACUGCACCCAGUCAUUCGAAAUGUGCUUGAGAAUAGUGUUGAAAAGCAUUCUCGUGUGCGUCUUCUUCCGGCAACCAUGCCCGCGAUCAAGGAUUCGGUGUUGCACGUGAAAUUGAGUGUAUUGGGCGAUGGGCUUUUACCUGUCGAUCCCUUUGAGUGGAGAGGAGAUCGAGCGCGGUGUCUCGUUGAGGAAGCUUCAGCCAUCUGUCGAGCAUUUUACGGGAAAAAGUAUCAUCGUGGAAAUGUCGCCUAUCUUCUUCGAGGCAUCGAGCAAGACUCAUUAUCGAAACGGGCUUCUAUGUUGCGUCGGGAUUUGGCGGACGCGGAGCGCUUUUUGGCUGUCCACCCGGUCAUUGAGGAGGAACCGCAUGCGGUUUCCAUGCAACAGGUUGGCUCAUAG